GCCCGGCGUGAUCACCAUGCAGGCGCUUUCGGAAGAGGACCGGAGGCUGUGGAUGGAGGCGAUGGAUGGCCGGGAGCCGGUCUACAACUCCAACAAGGACAACCAAAGCGAAGGCACCGCCCAGCUGGACACCAUCGGCUUCAGCAUUAUCAAGAAGUGCAUACACGCCGUCGAGACGAGAGGGAUCAACGAGCAAGGGCUCUACCGAAUCGUUGGAGUGAACUCCAGAGUUCAAAAGCUGUUGAGUCUAUUAAUGGAUCCCAAAACAGCCACGGAAACAGAAACCGAGAUCUGUGCCGAGUGGGAGAUAAAAACCAUCACCAGUGCUCUGAAAACCUACCUGAGGAUGCUGCCGGGGCCGCUCAUGAUGUACCAGUUUCAAAGGAGCUUCAUCAAAGCAGCCAAGCUGGAGAACCAGGAGUCGAGGGUGUCCGAGAUCCACAGCCUCGUCCACCGGCUCCCGGAGAAGAACAGGCAGAUGCUGCACUUGCUGAUGAACCACCUGGCCAAGGUCGCAAAUAACCACAAGCAGAACCUGAUGACCGUUGCUAAUCUGGGUGUGGUGUUUGGGCCGACGCUGCUGCGACCUCAGGAGGAAACCGUCGCUGCCAUUAUGGACAUCAAAUUUCAGAACAUCGUGAUUGAGAUUCUGAUAGAAAACCAUGAGAAGGUAACGGCCUCCCUUGCUUCCUUCGGCGCCGUUAAUGGGUGA